UCAUCUGCUUGCGACGCGCGUAGGCUGACUCGCUGUCCGUGUCCGGCUGGGUCGGUGUGGGUUAGGCAGUAUUUUUUCCCUCGCCAGAAAGUAGUGCAAAAUGUGGCGCCGAACCGUCGGUUGUCGAAUGGGGCGCAUGUGAAUCAUGAACGCACGGACUGGUGCACACACUUCCAGCGAAACAGCCAGCAGCAUCAGCAGCAGAAAGCGUCGUUCCCGGGUGUUCCUGCCAUUGCGCUCCACCUGUAGCGUUCUUUGCUGAAGUGCCUUAUUACGCCGCACGUGAACCAUGCUGACCAAACAGGCCUUCCGGACCGUCACGAUCAUUUUCGGCAGCUUGAACAUAUUUCUCGUGCUCUUCGUACUGAGCAUGGGGGCCGAACAGCUGCGGGUCGAUUGGCGUAGGGCUUUGUACGAGCUGGUGGUACCGUGCACGUUGAACAUCCUGUUCGCCAUGUUCUGGAUCAUUGGAGUCAUUAUGUGGCGUCCCGUACUGAUUGCGAUGUUUAAAUACUUCACCUACGUGCAGACGGCCCUGCUGGCCGCCGUCAUACUCUACUCGGCGUACUACAGCUACACGAAGAAGCUUUCGUCCAACAUGCUGACCCUGAUAUGCCUCUUAACGUCACUAUUCUUUCUCUCAAUGAUGGAGCUACUCAUCGCCAUCGGUACGGAGCGUGCGAUAGCGCAGGAACGAAAUGCCAUCCGCUUUAUGCAAGUGGGUCACGAAAUGACGGACUGGCGACACGUGUAGUCGGUCGAGAUGCUUCCUGUAACGAAAUGCCUUCCUUCUUCGUCUAUUUGUGUAUUUGUGUGUAAAGCUUUAGACCGUACCGUUUGGCCUCUAAAAAUCGUCGGGUUUUGCUGUUGUUUCGUUAGUCCAGCCUGUAAGGUGCCUUCAAACUGCCUGCCGAUGGAGGCGCAUGGUGCCGCACGAAAAUAGAACAAUAACGAGCUAGUUAGAUAUGUGCAAUCGUCUACCGUAAUACCUCUUGUCACAAGUGUGGCUUA